AGGAUAAUAUAUACAAGUGCAUAGGAUAUUUGGGAAUGUGCUACUAAUCAGCAUCUGUACUAGUAGCAGUGAAACAAAAUCAAUGAAAAUCCCCUUUUUACUCCCCAUAAAUAUGUGAUCACAGCCUUCUUUUUGAAACACUCACAAAAAGUCACUCAAAUCACCAAACAUUUCCUUUCAUUUCAAGAGAGAGGGGGCAAAAAAAACAAAGAUGGUGAAAUUCUCUAAGCAGUUUGAGGGGCAGCUUGUUCCUGAAUGGAAAGAGGCCUUUGUUGAUUAUUGGCAACUCAAGAAAGACCUCAAGAAGAUCCAUUUCCUUAACAACAACAACAAUACUACUAUUACCAAGCAACCCAACACCUUCAUGUCCUCUCUUAAGAAGUUCUCUUUGUUUGGCCAUCAACAUAGAGAACAUGGGGUCAUUCAAAUUCAUAAGAAACUUGCAUCCUCAUCAAGUAAAGGGGACUUGUAUGAGACUGAACUACUAGAGCAAUUUGCUGACACUGAUGCAGCCAGUGAAUUCUUCUCAUGUUUGGACCUCCAACUCAACAAAGUGAACCAAUUUUUCCAGACAAAAGAGAAAGAGUUUCUUGAGAGAGGGGACUCAUUGAAGCAACAAAUGGAGAUUCUCAUUGAGCUUAAAAGCGUGUUCAAACAACGCUCCAAGAAAGGUUCUUCCUACCAGGACUCGAAGGAUGAUGACUCCAUUUCCGGCACCAUUUCAUGUGAUGACGAGUCGAUAAGAGACAAAACAGAGCAAGAACAGGGGAGGGACAGAACAACAGAUGAAGACUCAAUGAAAUCAGACGAGCCGGUGGGGCAAUCAAUAAUAAGGAAAAGUGAGGAUGGGAAAAUGAGGACUACGUCGGGUCGUGUUUUCAAUUGCCAAGGGAAAAACUUGAGAAUAAACAUUCCUCUAACUAACCCAACUCAAACAUUCUCAGCAAUCACUUACUUACUUUGGGAUGAUUUGGUUAAUCAAUCAUCGAAGAAAUAUUGUCCCGAAGGAACUAAGCUUCACAUCAGCAAAAAAAAGCUUCAUCACGCGGAGAAGAUGAUUAAAGGAGCUUUCAUUGAGCUCUAUAAAGGGUUAGGCUACCUCAAAACUUACCGGAACUUGAACAUGCUUGCUUUUGCAAAGAUUUUGAAGAAAUUUGACAAAGUCACAAACAAACAAGUCCUUCCCAUUUAUCUAAAAGUGGUUGAAAGCUCCUACUUCAAUAGCUCAGACAAGGUUAUCAAGUUAGCAGAUGAGGUUGAGGAAAUGUUCAUCAAACACUUUGCCGAAGAUGAUAGAAGGAAAGCAAUGAAAUACCUUAAACCAACUCAGCAUAAAGAGUCGCACGCGCUGACUUUCUUCAUAGGACUAUUCACUGGAUGUUUCAUUGCGCUUUUCACUGGGUAUGUCAUUGUGGCUCAUGUUACAGGGCUGUAUAGACUACAAUCGGAUUCAGUCUAUAUGGAAACUGUUUACCCUGUGCUUAGCAUGUUCAGCCUAUUGUUUCUGCAUUUCUUUUUGUACGGAUGCAACAUUUUCAUGUGGAGGAAGACGCGUAUAAACUACACGUUCAUCUUUGAGCUGGCCCCGGCAAAAGAGCUUAAAUAUCGAGACGUGUUCUUGAUCUGUGCUGUGUCAAUGUCUGCUGUAAUGGGGGUGUUGUUUGUUCAUUUGUCGCUCGUGGCUAAAGGAUGUUCAUAUGCUCAAGUUCAAGCAAUCCCCGCCUUUCUGCUACUGGUCUUCUUCCUAUUGCUUUUGUGCCCCUUCAACAUUUUCUACAAAUCGAGUCGAUACUGUUUCCUUCGUGUGAUUAGAAACAUCAUUCUAUCACCUCUCUACAAGGUUGUAAUGCUGGACUUCUUCAUGGCUGAUCAACUUUGUAGCCAGGUGCCGAUGCUAAGAAACCUCGAAUAUGUAGCAUGCUACUACAUAACAGGAAGCUACAAAACUCAAGACUAUGGUUAUUGCAUAAGUAACAAAAAUUACAGAGAUCUUGCUUACGCGGUUUCCUUCCUACCUUAUUACUGGAGGGCAAUGCAGUGUGCAAGGCGGUGGUUUGAUGAAGGUCAAACGAGCCAUCUUGUCAAUCUAGGGAAGUAUGUGUCAGCAAUGUUGGCUGCAGGAGCUAAAGUGGCCUACGAGAAGGAAAAGGAGAGCGUGGGAUUGCUUUGUCUAGUCGUGGCCAUGUCGAGCGCUGCAACGGUGUAUCAGUUGUAUUGGGACUUUGUAAAGGAUUGGGGUUUGCUUCAGUUUCAUUCCAAGAACCCCUGGUUAAGGAAUGAAUUAAUGCUUCGUCAAAAGUUCAUUUACUUCUUCUCCAUGGGAUUGAACCUUGUUCUCAGGCUCGCGUGGUUACAAACCGUUCUGCAUUCAAGUUUCGGCAGCGUGGAUUACAGAGUAACCGGGCUAUUUUUAGCAGCCCUUGAAGUCAUUAGAAGAGGGCAGUGGAAUUUCUACCGGUUGGAAAAUGAGCACCUAAACAAUGCUGGCAAGUUCAGAGCUGUUAAAACGGUUCCAUUACCUUUUCAUGAAGUGGAUGAGCAAGACUGAUAGAUGCCCAAUUUGCAACACUUGGUUAUGGAAUACAAUUCAAUUUGAUUGCAGGGUCAUAGAUGAUUUUCGGACCCUAUGGUUCAAAAAGAACCAAAUUGUACAAGUUGACAGACGAUCAAUGUCAACUUGGUUAUAUCAUUGUUCGGAUCAGAUUCCCGAAAAUAAUUUAUACUUGUAUACAAAAAAAAUAGCUAAAAAAAAAAAAAAUCUUCAAGUUAAUGAUGCGAUUAUCCCUUUCGUUAAUAUCUAGAUAAUCCCGGUUAAUGUUGCUUAUGUAUCAUUUCUUUGCCAACGUUUUCAUUGAGAAUAGCAGUAUUGAGAAAUGAAUCAA